UUCGUCUCAACACUCCGUUUCCAUUAUGGAAUUGUUAUUUUUCACAGUCUUUUAAUCUUUAAACUCUAAAUUCCCAUCUCAAAAUUUCACCUUCUUCCCAAGAAAAUAGAAAUCCCCAAAUCCCUUCAUCAAUUCAACAACAUUCAGAUUCAUCCUUAGUUUCAUCAUCAAUGGAGUGGGUUCGAGGGGAUCAACUCGGCCGUGGAAAUUUUGCUACAAUCAGUUUAGCAAAAUUAACUAAAGGGUUCGAUCAGUUCCCGCCAUUAAUGGCGGUCAAAUCCUCUGUUUCUUCUCUAUCCUCUGUUUCACUCAAGAACGAGAAGCAAAUUCUUGAUCGAAUUGGGGUUUGCCCACAGAUUAUUACUUGUUAUGGCGAUGGAUUCAGUGUUGAAAAAGAUGGGGAUAAGUAUUAUAAUUUGUUCUUGGAGUAUGCUAAUGGCGGAAGUCUUGCGGAUGUUGUGAGAACCCAUGGCGGUGGGUUGUCGGAAUUUGAUGUUCGAAGGUAUACGAGAGCGAUUCUUUAUGGCCUACGGCAUGUUCAUGGCAAUGGGUUUGUUCAUUGCGAUUUAAAGCUUUCGAAUGUGUUGAUUUUUGGGAAUGGUGAAGUUAAGAUCGCGGAUUUUGGGCUUGCUAAAUCGGCUGGAAAAUUUGGGGCGGUGGAAACAGAGGAGAGAUUUGAAUGGAGAGGGACUCCGAUGUAUAUGUCGCCGGAGAUUGUAAACGACGGUGAGUAUGAGUCACCGUGUGAUAUUUGGGCGUUGGGUUGCGCCGUCGUGGAGAUGGUGGUUGGAAAGCCGGCGUGGAGGGUCGGGCCGGGAACGGAUAUGUUUGGCUUGAUGAUGAGGAUUGGAGUCGGAGAUGAAGUACCGGAGACACCAGAGAAUUUAUCGGCGGAGGGGAAAGAUUUUAUCCGGCGGUGUUUUGUUAAGGAUCCAAGUAAGAGAUGGACGGCGGAGAUGCUUUUGAAUCACCCAUUCGUUGUCGCCGGUGCCGGUGAUACUACUGUUACAUUGAAGGAAGUAGAAUUGACAACGGAGUCACCCACGGGGCCUUUCGACUUCCCGGAAUUCGUUUGUUCCGGCCAAGGUUCGGAUGAGUGGAGUUUUUGUUCUUCUAGUUCGUCGCCGGAGGUGUUGAGUAGGGUCCGGCAUCUGGUGACGGGGAAGCCUUUGGAUUGGUCUGUCAUGGAUAGUUGGGUGACAGUUAGGUGAUGGAGUUUUGGGGAGUAAAAUUAGUUAAUUAAUUUUUUCCGAGAGGAAAAUAUAUUUUAGGAAGUAUAUAAAUAUAUAUAUAUAUAUAUAUAUAUAUAU